AUGACUUCCCGGCCACCCCUGACCGACCAGACGCGCCCAUGGUUUGAGCACAUUGCUGUUGCGAAAGAUACAAAUGCCGACAUUGUCGCUGUCCCGCCCAUCGGGGCCCAACAUAGAAAGACAUGGACAGCACAUGGCGAGCAAUCGUCCUGGCUUGAUACCAAACUACUAUCUCGUAUUAUCCAAGCACGAGUCUUGCUGUAUAAUUACGGAGACCUGCGUGACGAUAAAAUCGACACCCUGGGUGAACGACUAUUGAACCAACUACGUAAUGAGAGGAAAAAUGAGGUUUGUUGUCCUGUUCGCUUUUCAAGGAAGGAUUCACCAACAGUUGCGCAGUCAACUCGACGGCCCAUCUUUUUCAUCUGCCACAGCACUGGUGGUCUCGUCGUGAAAGCAGCUCUAGCCCUGGCAUCGCGAGAACCGAGCCAAUCCAUCUUAACCAGCUGUCAUGGCAUCGCCUUCUUUGCAACUCCCCACCAAGGCUCGACUUAUCUCUCCGCCGAUGAGUACACUGCUAGUAUUCGCCAUAUCCUGCACCUGGAGCAUGACACCCCAGAAGCGCUCAGGAAGCAAUUGCGUCCGCGCCAAGAGCGGCUAUGGCAUCUAUCGAACCAGUUCAACACUCUUUCAGCCGACAUGAGGGUUUGGUCUUUCCUCGAAACUGUGGAUUCAACCAUGCAUGUUAUCGACGCGGAGACAAAUAACAUAUUGGAGUUCCAUGUUCCUAUCACUUCGAUUCGGUCGGGUUUGCUGGAUAUUGAGCACGAACAAGAACUGCCCAUGGCAACAGACCAUGCGGGGACGGCAACGUUCCACGGCCAAGAGUCCACACGAGAUAGAUUUCUGCAUGAGCUUGGUGGUGCCGUUGACACUGCGGUUGAAAUUUCAAAGCGCGAGGAUACGCCAUUGGGCGUAGAACAGAAAGUCCUGGUUCAAAUUAAUGGCUUCUUCGAAGAUACUGCACUGGGUCUCAGUGACGAAACCCCACUUAAGCUAUGGUCAAGCACGGUGCCCUUGGAAGAAUACCUCUCUCGGGGUCCAUCAGCCUGCCUUCGGGAGAGACUAGGUCGAGUUCAGCCGCGAGGCUUGGAUGAUUCCUCAAUCAGCAGUUUUGAUAGUCCUCGGUCAUCCUACAUUGCUCCUAGCCCCGAUCCACAUGACCAUCAUCAUGACCACCAUGAUGAGAAACCAAGGCCCCUACGAGCCCCUCUACCCUAUAGGCAAAGCUUCGAUAAUCCAUCUGGUGCUUCUCCGAAGAUCCAGAUCACCCAAGCAGAAAGGGAAGGCUACUUUAAUGACCCUCCAAGUGAAAGUCCACCUCCGCCACAGGAGCGGAAACGAAAGACCUCACUCUCUAAGGCGCUAGGAUUAAUUCCAUUAAAGCGAACCCACCGCCGGAGUGCUUCUGACAGCAGCUCCCAGGGAAGUGUUGAACGGCCACCCUCGAGCUCUUUUACAUCGCAACCAGUACAAUCACCCUUCCUAGAAAUACCCAAGUCUACUCGUGAUCGUAUCAACCAGAAUGCCGACAGGCCGGAUAUACCUCGAGCAGUUCCACGUUUCGAUCGACCUGAGGCUGAUACCGAGAAACUGAUGUGGAUUCAUGUGCCCUAUACCCAUACUGGUUGGGUAUCGCAAGUCAUCCGCCGAGCAUGUCAGGAUAGACAUGAGCCGGAUUUUGUUCGGAAAUUUAUAAACGACGAAAAUUGGUACCGUCGGCUUAAUAGAGCUCGUCAUCUCGAGCCCCAUGCACGUUUCGUCAAACCCGCAUGUCUUCACUCAAGGCAAAUGGAUGUUCUACAAAGCCCUGCUGAUGCCUUGGAGGACCCACAACUCGCUUUAUAUGCUCCCUAUCUCCAUUGGGAUACGUACCGCAACUUGAUCCAACGGCGCAAAGUAGUCGAAGACCGACUCAAUCAAGGCCGAUCCAGACCCGUCCCAGGCCGAAUCUCAAAAGCAAGCCUGGAAGCUCAACUUAUUUGGACCUAUCUGGGCUGCGAGCCUCCAGUGCACUUUCGCCGCACAUUGGACCAGUACGGAUAUCCGAAUCUGCGCUCGACUAUGGCUCGUGACGACGACCAGAUGCUCUGGAAACGCACUCGCAGACCCGCGCGCAUUGACGAGCAGCUAAAGCAAUACCUGCAGUCUGCACAGGAUGAUCCCGAUCCUGAGGAGAAUGUGGGCGAAUUUAUGGAUGGGAAUGUCCUGAUGGUUGAUCAGCUCUGGCUUUGGAUUGUUGAUCAGAAGACUGUUGUCACGUUCUUUCCAAAUCAGGAGGCUACGACCUCUGAGGGAAAGCUUUUUGAACAGUCUAACUUGCAUAGCAGUAUUUACAAUGAGUUGAAUGGGGAUCUCUCGCGUCGCUUUGAGACGGCCGGUGACUUGGCUGCUCUCAUUAUGCUGCAUGCUGUCACUGUGCUCCUGGAUAAGACUCUCCAUCAUGAUCUGCAGGUAUUGCGGAUAUUUGAGGAGUCAAUUAGCAUCUUGACCGAGUCCGUCACCAAGUCUUUCAAGCGGUUCCGAAAUAGAGGCUUCACCAACCGCCCAGCGGAUCAUGAUCGCACCGCAGAUGGCAAGAUUAUGACAGCCGCGCAGCAAGAUUACAAAGAGUUGCAGGCUGCUCGUCGAAACCGUGAAGAUCUCUCCGUUCUGCUCGAGCUGCGCGACAUCGAGGACGAACUAUCGACCAUUCUAAAGCUCCUCGAUCAACAAGACACCGUCAUCAAAAGUAUGGUCAAAUACUUUGACAGCAAGGGGUGCGGUAAAUCAUUCCUUGAUACAGCACAGGAGCGGAUUGACGAAUAUCGUUCGCAAAUCAACGACAUGAAAGAAAAUAGCCAUACAACACAGAAAGCAGUCGAAACCCUCCUCGAUCUCAAGCAGAAACAGGCGAAUGUAGACGAAGCCAAAAUGACUCGAUGGCAAGCUGAAGUAGCUCAGACACAAUCGCGAGCAGUGAUGGUCUUCACCAUAUUCAGUGUCGUCUUCCUCCCUCUAUCCUUCUUCACCUCCCUCUUCGGAAUCAACGCCCGAGAAUGGAGCGGCGAACAAACAAACCCAACCCUAGGAGAAAUGUUCGAGAUAGCAGCCCCUACAUCCUUCGCCAUCAUUUUUCUCUCCCUCUUUGCAGCAUUCAGCAAUACGCUGCGCGAUAUAGUAUUCAAAACGCACAAGAUCGGCGCGGGCCUCCUGAAAGAAUUCAUCUUCCAUCCAAUUAAAUCACUCUUGUGGGAUUCCGCUACAAGUAAAAUGCCUGUCCAUGUUGUCCCGGAGGAUUCCGGGCUUCGGAAACGCUUUGAUGAGUACCUUGGUUAUGGGAGGAGGAAUAUGCAGCGUGAUGAGGAUAUCUGGCAGCGGUGGCAGGGGGGCCGGAUUUCUGGCGGGAAAGAGGUUAAGAAGGGGAAGUACGACGUAGAUGUCGGAUUGGGUCGGAGAGGUCGGGGGGGAGGUUUAGUUUAUUCAUCCAGCCUGGAUGAUGGGAGUAUCAAUGCCGCCAAUCCUUGA